CUUGCUUCUGCCAGACCAGCCACAGGAAGUGUUCGUGAAACUUGGAACAAUGUUGCACAAGCAUCUUGUAUUGCCAAACCUUCACAGAAAUAUAUGCGUAAACAGGAUUACGUAAGUUUGUUUUCCUGUCCUUUAAUUAGUUUAUUUUACACCUUGUUUGUUAAUUGUUUUUCUACAAUUUUGUCCAAUUUUAAACAAAAUUAUUUACUUAGUUUUUUGAAUUUUAAUGAAUUAUAUUUCACUUGCUUCGUGAUGUAAAAAUACAAACUUAGUAAUAUCAUUUAUAAUAUUAAAUAUUUAAGUAUGCAUAGUUUAUAAUGAGUUACCUAAUUAAAAAUAAAUAUUUCAUAAUAUCCUUUUACCUUGUAAUUGUAUUGUUUUAUUCUCAAUUUUUUCUAACAAUAUUUAAUCUACGUUGCUCUUCAUACAUACUGAUAUUUAUAUUUUAUAAUUUUACAUAAAUUUUCGUUACUCUUUACUCAUUUUGUUCUUGUCUCACUUUCACAUAACGGGCGUGUCGUUCCAAGACCUGCCAGUAGGUUAGAAACACGUCUCCCUGUCAUGCUUGGAACCUGAAGAAUUCAUGACAUUGUUUCUCUUUUUGAAACAAUCUAUGGGCAAAAUUACAGUAGCGUUACUUUCGCAAAUGCUGUGAUUUUGGUUUCAUCUUUGAUUAAAACACCCGGGUUUUCCGCUAUCCAACCUUAUUCUAUUUGAAGCUUUCUUUCAUUUUCUAUACUGUCAGUCCAUCCUAUUAAAAAUUAAUUUAUCAAUACAAAAACAAGGUAAGACGGUGUUUAUCUUGUUUUACUAGAUAAACUCGACUCCUCUGCUCCCUGUGACCCUAACUGUUUUACUAUAGAUAAACUCGACUCCCCUGCUCCCUGUGACCCUAUACUUCACUAACUACCAACCCUAAUCCUAAACAUUAACCAUAACCAUUAAGCGUAACACUAAUCCUAACCAUUAAUCCUAAUUUAUAUUGCUAUUUAAAUUAUCAUAAACCUUAUAUUUAAUCUAUCGUUUAAACUAACAACUCUUCUACUUUCCUAUACAAUGAAAGUACGAAUAAUUUAUUAUAAAAAUUAAAUUUAAUAUUUAUUAAAAUAAUUAAAAUAAAUCCUACUUUUGGGUUAGCAAUAUAAUUUUACUAUUAUAAUUUUAACCUAGCAACCUAAUUGUUAUAUACUGUAGUCAUUACAUGUAAUUUAUAUAUAAUUAUAUAUUUCAAUACGUAAUCCUCAUACUAAAUUAAAUUCUAUAAAUGGUAUAUUAUAUCUCUCUAAGAAUUUUAUUUUAUGGUUUUGAUGUAGCAAAAAUGAGCUGCUUAGCAGAAAUCACUCACUCAUUACGAGUACAUUGACGACUAACAGACUAACAAUGAACGGACUAACAAUUAACUUGUCAUUGAUUUAUAUCAAUGAUAAUAUGGGAACCCCGUUAAAGGGAUCCCAUUUAUAAAUGCCACAUAGAUUGCUAGUGAUCUACAAUCUUACAUAGUUUUAUUUUUAAAAAAUACACUCAUAUACAGUGUGUAUAAGAGCAACUUUAGGAUGACAACAAAAAAAUAAGGGGUUUUAUAUGCGAACAAUUCAAUUGUGAACCGAAUAUACAUAUAUUAGCAUGAUUAAACAAUAUCCCUAACACCUAAACUAAACACUAACCCUAAUUAUAUCAGUUAAUACACUUGGUGAUUGUGUUAUGGAAUUGUAACCAAACAAUCAUUGCAUACGAGUAAAUUUAAGUUAAUAAGUAUAAAAAACUGUUUCAAAGAGUUAUUAAUAACAAAUGGCUGUUACCAGAUAUUGUUUAUUAUACUUCUUCUCAUUUAUUUCAAAUUGUAAAUAUUUUUGUUCUGAUUCGUUUAAAGCUUGCUUCUGCCAGUCCAGCCACAGGAAGUGCUUGUGAAACUUGGAACAAUGCUGCACAAGCAUCUUGUAUUGCCAAACCUUCACGGAAAUAUAUGCGUAAACAAGAGGUAAAGACUAUUUGGGUUUUUUUUGUGUUUUUUUAGAUGAUGCUUCUCUCGGUGUGUCCACACGGGGAAAACAGAAAAGUUUGCUUGUAUGCGAACAAUUCACCGAGUGUGAACCAUGACACGAAGUCACCAAAUAUAUAUUUUUUUUCUUGCGGUCCGAAAUCAUAUUUUACGCUUUUCUGCAAUCUGACUGGCUACGCGAGCGGCCCGUACGAGCCCGUUCAGACCGCGAGAUAUUUAAAGCCGUACAGCCAUGUAAUGUUUUUAUUUUUAAAACUUUAAAGACAAGUUUAAAGGCUACUUUUUAAAACCGCAUUAAAAUGUCUGCAGACGAUGAAGAACACAGUGAAAGUGAAUUUUACAGAAGAUAUUACUCUUCCUAGCAUUGAUAGAAACGACGUUUUAGCGCCUAGAAGAGCAGUGGAGGGCCAAAUUUGUCUAACUUCACCCGAAGAGGGUGAAAUUCAAAGUUUUAUCGAAAGGCAGCGCCCAGAUAACACGAAAAAGAAGACGACGUACAACAUAAAUGCUAUUAAAAGGUACUUUGAAUCAAUAUAUAUACGAGACAAGAGAAAUUGUAAACAUGCCUGCCAAAGAAUUAAAUGUCCAGCUCGUGAAGUGUUUCAUUACUCUACCCAAGAAAAAUGGCAGCGUUUAUGAACCUACUUCUCUCAAGGACUUCCAGAGAAGUUUGCAGAGAUAUUUGAACGACAAGAGUUCUACAAUGAAUAUCUUACAAGACCAGGUGUUUUCCAAAUCCCGUGAAGUUCUCAUAGGGAAGAAACGAGAGCUUGUCCAACAACACACCAAAGAAAACCGACCACAAGCUUGUUGAGAGUUGACGACGGCAGAGGAAGACAAGUUCUUCGAGUUGGGUUUGUUCGGAAAAUACGACCCAGAAGUUCUCCAGAGGGUCCUUUCCCGUCAUUUCGGCUUUCGAGCGCGUGAUGAGUCGAGAAGACUAAAGUGGGGAGACGUAUCCCUCAGUAAAGACCCCGAAACAGGCAGCGAAUUGUUGUUGUAGAAAGCUAAAGGAGGUUCAAAGACCAGGCACGGCGACGGGCAACAUCAGAGAGCCUUUUAUCCCACAACGCAAGCAACCCACAACGAACGUUGUCCUGUUCAGUUUUAUCGUGCAUUUUUCCAGCAUCGACCAGACGAAAUGAAACAGCCGGACUUUUCAUUCUUCCUGGCUAUUAACCACCGACACCAGCCAGGUUCUCAGAUCUGGUAUAACAAAGUUCCACUCGGAAAAAACGAAAUCGGCAAGUUUCUUUCGAAGGCUGCGAAAGCUGCUAAAUUGCCUGGUAACAUCACAAACCACUCGGUGAGAAAAACCUGUAUUUCCCGUUUAAUGGGUGCCAAUAUUCCCAAGAACUACGUUGCCCAACUGAGCGGUCACAAGAAUUUGAAAAGCCUCGAUUCUUACAAAUCCUUUUCGACAGUCCAUCAGCGAAAAAUGUCGUUCGUUUUAAGUCGUUCAGGAGCCUCGUCUUCUGCCACAAACCAAGCGCCAAUUCAACCAAAUGAAUCACAAUACAGUCUCCAACAACAAAACCUUUCCUUCUCCAACCAGUCUGCAGUCGAAGGCAUGUUUCAGGAGAAACAAUUCAAAAGAUCGAAGGCUGUCAUUUCAACUUUUUUCUCAACGCGAGUAAAAGUCCGAUCAGAGCUCCAGAACUGGCAGAAGCGACUUUUGCCAAAAAAGUCGUGUUAUCUUGAGCGAUGACAGUGACUCGGACUAAAUAUAACCUUUUUGAGGUUUUUCUGUUAGAUUUCAUUCCUUUAUAAUAAACUUCCACUGGAUAUUUAUAUAUUUAAACGACUUUUGUUCGCUUGAAAAGUGCUUAUAUUCAGAAUGUUUCGUUUUUGAAUUUUUUAAAUAAACAUGUCAGGUGACUUCCUUAUUUGGCAGCUUCAUUCGCGUGCGGGAGGGGAGGUUGUGGAAAUUCAGAGGGGGGGAUUAAAAAAAAUAUAUAUUAUUUACCGGUAUGGUCGGUCCGUAUAGAGAAAUAUUUCUCUCGGUCUUAAAAACGGCCCGAGGCCGAACUCCAUACGGACCUCUAAUCCGGUAAAAACAUAUAUAUAUUAGCAUGAUUAGACACUAUCCCUAACACCUAAACCAAACACUAACCUUAAUUAUAUGUUAAUGCAUUCGGUGAUUGUGUUGUGGAAUUGUAACCAAAAAAUCAUUGCAAACGAGUAAAUGGAAGUUAAUAAGUAUAAAAAAACGUGUCAAAGAGUUUAUUAACAACAAAUGGCUGUUACUAGGUAUUGUUUCUUCUUCUCAUUUAUUUCAAAUUGUAAAUAUUUUUGUUCUGAUUUGUUUAAAGCUUGCUUCUGCCAGACCAGCCACAGGAAGUGUUCGUGGUACUUUUAACAAUGCUGCACAAGCAUCUCGUAUUGCCAAACCUUCACAGAAAUAUAUGCGUAAACAAGAGGUAAAGACUAUUUGUUUUUUGUGGGUUUUUUAGAUGAUGACGGGGAAACACAAAUGUUUGCUUGACCACUGUGGGAAUCAAACUUGCGAUCCCCACUGCGAUCACACAAACUCUUCAUGCAGCCUGCCUAGUGUGGACGCACUCAGAAUAGAAAUAUGUCAAAUAAUUCCACCUGAGUAUACAUACAACACAACAUACGUACAUACUAUUAAAUUCGUAAAGAAUGAUUCUUGUACAUGAUUUAUGUAUUGAUUUUCACAUCAAUGGUGAUAAUAUGUAAAAUUAUUACAGAUACACUUUCAAAAAUAAGUGUGUAGGUAUUACACACCUUUCUUGUUGCCAAACUAACACACUUUAAGGCGUGUAUUUUUACACACGUUGAGGUGUGUAUUUAUAUGAAAAAGGCGUGUAUUUUUACACACCUUUUGCGAGAAAAGGUCUGUACUUUUACACGCCUUACUUUCUGUAAUUUGCUUGUCACUAAAUUAAUUUUGCUUGUCUCACACCUCAAGGCGUGUUUUUUGAAAAAGGUGUGUAAUUUUACACACCACACAGCUGAUGUUGUGUAAUUUUAUAGGUGUGUAAUAUUACACAUUGUUUAUAACAUAAAAUAACAUGAGCCCCCACAGCCAAUUAAUAAAUCUGACCCGAACGUUGAAUGAUAUUACUGUGUUGUGCUGGGGGAGGGGUUUCAUAGUGGAUAGGCUAAUGAAAUGGAGGCAUUUAUCUAUAUAUUUAAGGGUGUAAGAGCGCCCAAGAUAAGUUAAGAGUUAGGGUUACCUGUGUAGUGCCAGGCCUCGCACUUCCAUUUUUGUUGUUCACUGUUCAGAACAUGGUUGAACCUUUUUUGAAAGGUUCAUCGAGGAAAAAGCGUUUUUACAACCGAUGCAGUUGUAGUUCAACCAUAUAGAACGGUAAAUAACGAGAUAAAGGAACAAGGAAUUCUAUGGAUCACCUUUGAAACGGAGAAUUGAGUCUACUCGAUGUAAUUAACGACGAACAAUUCAGCUUGCCAAUGCUCGAAGAAUCCGCGCCAUUGUUUUCGCCGCUUAUACCACGUUUUAGUACUGACGUCACGGAACCGAUGACAGCUGUUAUGGAGCCCGCGGUAUUUAAUGGUAAUCAUGAAAUAAACAUGAACUAAGCGAAUCUGAAAUGGAAUAUGGAUGAUUUUCUUGCCUUAAAUGGAAAUACGGAUGCUGGAAAUCAAAAUUCUGGCAUUGAACAAGUCGAAACUGCUGAUAAUACCGUAGAAAACGUUUUAAAGACACUCGCGCAAAAUCGUAAGUACAUUUUAUCUGAAGUUGAAAAAUAAAUCGAGAUAAUAAACCCUCUACUGUCAAGGGUAUAAAACGAAGAAUUAGUGAGAACAAAUGUACCUCGUUUGGAUAAAUUAUUUAUGGAUAUGCAACAAGCUCAUGCAUUAUAUAUUUAACGAAACUUAGCAAUGAAAACGAUGUUGGACUAGCUAACAGUUGGUAUGACACACAGGAUAGAACGGUGUUUGAUUUUAAAAAGAACAUUGUUGAAUACUUCACUGUUGCUAAGGUUAAGCCAUAAUACGAAACCCAGUCUAAUAAGUCGGAACGAUCAAGCAUUUCUCGUAAAUGUAAGUCCUUUGUGGCAUUUUCUAGUCCACAAGGGCAAAGCUAGCUGCAAUAAGAGCCAAAUCUGCAGCAUUAGAAGCAAAGGCUGUCUUUUUGAAAAGGAAACAAGGCCGGCUGAGAAUAGCAGCUGAAGAACUAGAGCUUGAACAGCAAGUCGCUGAAGUUAGAGUAAAAGAACAAGUAUAUGAGAAAGAAUUGAAUAACUGUACUAACAAUAUGGAAACGACCACACCGUUAACUCCCAAUGCAGAACCCUUUGAAUCUAGUGGUUUAAACGUUGAAUAA